AUGGUCACCUUCGUAUCGGCAAGCAGCUCCUCGCACCGGGCCACACCCACAAAACUGCGACUUCGUAAGCGUCUGCUCGCGUGUUUCCCGCACUUUCAUUUGCCCGAGACGGAAGGGGCUGCACGUGAAUUGCAACGAGGCGAGUCCGUCGUGGCGGUCACCAACCGCGCAAGUGCUUCCCUACUUAGAAGUUGCUCGGACGUUGUUGGCACGAGCCCGUCGGAGUCCGACACAGAGGCAUUGUCUCACCGGUCGAGUCGGCCUGAUCAGCCUGUGCAGGAACAAUGCUGUCGCCACAGCUCGUACCCGUGUUCAUUGCCAUCUACCACGUCCACUUCAUCUUCGACGUCGUCCACGUCUUCGGUGUCCUGGAAGGGUGUCACGUACGGAUGUGACGGCGCGCUGGUAUCCUGCCGCUUCUGCAAGAUACUCAAGUCUGGCGAUGAACCCUUCCUCUAUGAAGACGAGGACGUGAUUGUGUUCCGCCCUCUAGCCCCCGUCGUCGUUAGUCACAUCUUGGUAGUGCCGCGUCGCCACAUCCGCAACGUGAACGAGAUGACACUCGACGACGCGGCGCUGCUGCUUCGAAUGCGCGAGGUCGCUUCCAUGGUUCUUCGAGAGAUGCCUCGGCCUUCACAGCUGCUGUCCCCGCUUAAGCAAGCAGAGCGAGCUCACUGUCUCAUGUCCAACACCGCAGACGAUGACUUCAAGUUCGCAUUUCACUCACCGCCAUUCAACAGCAUCGAUCAUGUUCACAUGCACGCCUUUCGUACGCGCGACGGAGGCUUUGGCUGUGCCGGCUUCAUCAAGUACUACACAGAGACGUGGUGGUGUCGCUCGUUCGAUGAGGUCACGGCUCGAAUUAGUCUCGAUAAUCGCAAGCAGUGUGAGGCCGACGCUGCAGCACAGAAGGAAGUAUCGCGCCGAUCACGUAGUGGGUGGCUGUUCCAUCGGACGAAAUCUCUCGUGAAGGUCCGGUCGAAAGUUUAA